AAUGUAGAGCGGUUAAUGUUGGUUUGUGACUUCUUAGGGCAAAGUAACGUUAGCAGAAAAUAGUAGUUUCUUGGAGCUACAGAGACGUUAAAACAGUUUAGUUAUCAAAAUAAUACCUGAGAUGGACCCCUCUUUGUCGAAACUUCUUAUUGGACUCGCUGUCAAUAUAAGUCGUAGUGAUGGAAGAAUACACAGCGCUAUUGUGAAAACUGCCAACGUCUCUAAAUCCACUGUGAAUGUAGAAUGGGCUGAGCAUGGCAUGACUAAAGGAAAAGAGGUUGACAUGAAUGAACUCAAUCAUCUCAAUUCGGACCUAAUGCAACAUCUUCAACCAUGUCAUCAAGAGGAACCUGCACCAGCCCCCAUUCCUGCACCUAUGACACGAAUGACAAAAAGUGUCAAAGCAUCAGAACUUCCUUUAAGGUCAUCAAGAAUACCUACUACUUCAGAACCUGCUCCUCAGGAUUGUCCAUCUGAAGAGCCAGCUUCGAGAAGAAUGACCACGCGUCAGACGUGUUUGUUCAGACAACCUGCCCCUCCACCUGUGAUCUCGGCAUCUUCUGCAGAUGAUGUUCUCUCACAGAAUCUUCCCUCAUCUACGAUCCCUAAACAUUCAGGCUACCAGAGGAGACUUCUUUCAAAACCAGCUUCUCCACUGCUACCAUCCACCGAGGCUAUAUGUGAGAGUGAGGCUUCCAAAUGUGCCCCCAUGGGUCCGCCAAGCCAUCGCAUGUCCCAGGUCUCGGAGACCAACAAGGUGGCAAACAAACGGCUGUCAAUAGCAAAAAUGCCAGAUGCACAGAAGAGAGGAAAGUUUGGAGAAACAAAUAGAUCUAAGCAGUUUUACCAAAUGAUUGAGGAAUACAGAGAGACAGUGCAGAAAGUACCCAUGUCCCUGUCGGAUCCAGUCAAACCUCACCGAAUUUGUGUCUGCGUUCGGAAACGACCACUGAAUAAAAAAGAGUUGGCAAAGAAAGAGAUUGAUGUGGUGACAAUCCCUGGUAAUGGAGUCCUACUACUGCAUGAGCCCAAGCAGAAAGUGGAUCUUACCAAGUACCUGGAGAAUCAGACCUUUCAUUUUGAUUACUCAUUUGAUGAAGACGCCACAAAUGACUUGGUAUACAGGUUUACGGCUAAACCACUGGUUAAGACCAUUUUCGAAGGUGGUAUGGCAACGUGCUUUGCCUAUGGCCAAACAGGCAGUGGAAAGACCCAUACUAUGGGUGGAGACUUUUCUGGAAAGAGCCAAAACAGCUCUAAAGGGAUUUACGCCCUGGCAGCACAGGAUGUAUUUACCCUCCUGAGGCAAAAACGAUAUGUUGAUAUGGACCUUUGCCCAUAUGUCACCUUUUUCGAAAUCUACAAUGGCAAGGUUUUUGACUUGCUGAAUAAGAAAACAAAGCUGCGUGUUUUGGAGGAUGAGAAGCAACAGGUCAAUGUUGUUGGCCUGCAGGAAGUGCCUGUGUCAUGUGUUGAUGAUGUCAUCAAGAUGAUUGAGAGAGGAAGUGCAUGCAGAACAUCUGGCCAGACAUUCGCUAAUGCCAGCUCAUCGCGCUCUCAUGCGAUUUUGCAAGUAAUCCUGAGACGGCGGAACUUUCUCUAUGGGAAAUUCUCGCUGGUGGACCUUGCUGGGAAUGAACGCGGCACUGAUGUCAGCAGCAACGAUCGGCACACUAUAGUGGAGACCGCUGAGAUCAACCGCAGCUUACUGGCUUUGAAGGAAUGCAUCCGGUCUCUUGGUCAAAACAGUGAGCACAUCCCAUUUAGGAUGAGCAAACUGACCCAGGUGCUUCGAGACUCCUUCAUUGGUGAAAACUCCCGGACCUGUAUGAUCGCAAUGAUCUCACCUGGCAUGAGCUCUUGUGAAUACACUCUGAAUACACUACGUUAUGCAAACAGGGUAAAAGAACUGAAUGGAAUCUCUAAGGGAGAUGCAGUGGAAAAUGGUUCAAAACUGGAACUUUCGGAGGAGGGAAACUCAUCAGAAGAGGAGACUGUCCUGCCAGAGUUUGAGGCUAUAUCCCGAGUGUCUGAGAUGGAGGAGAGGUUUUAUGAAGAAUUGAAGGGUUGCAGUGAGGUUGCCAAAUCUAUGGAGCUUCCAUCGUUUGACAUAGUAGCAAAUUUACCAAAUAUUGACUCAUUCAUGAGGAAGCUGCAAGAGUCUUACCAGGCUUUGAGAUCAGCUAUUGAAGCAGAACAGAGGGUCAGAAUGUCACCAAACUAAUCUAAGAUGAGAUUCGGCUGCAACGAUACCUCUCACAAAAGCUAAUGAAACUUCAAUUUCGUUCCUUUAAUAAUCUUAUUUACUGUCUGGCUACAAGAGAUAUCAAGAGUUUGUUUGUUUUUUCUACUGUUUGUCCGUUUUAAUUGUUUUUGUGUUUUGAAUAAAGGUCUCCUCAUUUAUGGA